AUGUCAGGCUUGUCAAACUCAAAAUACAUGAUGGGCGAAGAGAAGCUGGGGAUUUUUCUGUAUUUUGUUCGCACGGGAGCUACCAGUCGAAUGCUUCAAGAGCGGUUUCAACGAAGCGCAGAUACAAUCUCAAAGUCAGUGCACACUGUUCUAGAAUGCCUCGUUGGCGCUUUUUACAAGAAGUAUGUGCAUCUGCCCCUGGACCAGACAACACCAGAAGUCAAGUCCAAUCCCAAAUUCUACCCAUACUUCCGCAACUGUCGAGGAGCCAUUGAUGGGUCUCACUUCUACGCCUGGGUUGCAGCAGAGGCUGCACCUCAAUACCGAAACAGGAAAGGGUUUCUGGGGCGGAAUGUUUUGGCUGCAUGCAACUUUGUGAUGCUGUUCAUUUACAUCCUGAGUGGCUGGGAAGGAAGUGCUUCUGAUUCCAAGAUUUAUGAGUAUGCACGAGAGCGAGACUUGGCAAUUCCAGUUGGGGAGUACUAUCUUGCUGAUGCUGGAUUUCCCUUAUGUGAUGCUCUGCUCACACCAUACUGUGGUGUCCGAUACCAUCUCAAAGAGUGGGGCACAGCAAAUCAGAAGUAUGUCUCCAAAAUAGAACUCUGA